GGGGAUAUUUCAAAUGAUUCUACCACUAAUAUUGUUACCGUGCUAGUUGAAGGAAUGGCCGUUGCUGCACUUCAUGACGUUUCCGGAGAUGCUGGAGCCGCAAAAAAUAUGGCAUUGUUUUUUAGCGAGGUUGCAAAGCAAUGUGUAAGUGUCACUGUUCGGAUGGCCGAUGUGAUUGUUCAAACCAUUCAUAGUGAAAGUUAUGAGAUACGCAAAUCCGUGAUAACCUGUAUAACAGAGAUGGUUAUUCAAAGGUAUACGGGACCCAUGCGUAGUACAGAUGAUGAAGAAGAAACCAAGGAUAAAUAUCUUAGUGAAAUAUUAUUCCGCAUAAUGGAUUGUAACCCAUUUGUUCGUAACCACACCAUCCAUAUGUGGGAACGACUCGUAGAAGCUCGAGCAAUUCCAAAACGUUUUCAUCUUGCCGUAACAAAUGCAAUUAUUGGACGAUUAGAAGAUCGAAAUCAUCUUGUCAGGGAUUCUGCACUUCAGGUUAUUGCUUGUAUUUUGCGUAAAAACUGGUUCGGACAUGUUUUAAACUCCUGUUUGGUUCGUGAUAAACUGGAAGAAUCUCGAAUAACAGCAGCAAGGAUGUUUGAUUCUGAUGAUAUUUUUCGAAAAGGAUUGGAUAAGUUGAGAAGUACAUGCCGACCUGUUGAAGUUGAAACAAAUGGUUUUUUUUGUGAAUCUGAAGAAAACGCAACAGAGUCUUUUCAAUUAUCAGACGAGCAGAGUUCCAUGAUAAAUAGGCUGAUUUUUUACGAAAAAGCACUUGAAUUUGCUGAAUUAAUAAAGAAGGCUUUGUGCCACGCUACCACGUUACUAGAUAGUCGCACAGAACGUGAUGCCAUAGAGGCUAUCAAACUUAUUGUCGCAUGCAAUGAAUAUCGCAUUGAAGGUUCAGAAAAGGCAUUUCUCCGUGUUCUAGUUAUGAUAUUUGAAGGGGAAAUUAAAAUACAAUGCGCUGUACGUGAUGCCUUUGUGGAGGUUGUGUUUACUGCAUUUGCGAAAACAUCAGCCUCAUCUUUGAUGCGAAAUACGGCCAGUGCCCACAAGUUGAUUGGGUUUUUGCGUGGGGCCACGGAAGGUGAUGUCAGUGCUGUUGAUCGUAUUUUUGACCUGAUGAAAAGCAAUCCCUCCUUCUCACGGCUGAUAUCGGGUCAAUUUAUGGAUGCCGUGUGGAGUAUUGCAGAAGGAUCAAUGGACCAUGAUGUUUCACCUACUGAUAGACGCACAGCUAUGCGGCUUUUUAGCCUUUUAUGUAAACAUGAUUGGCGAGAACUUUGUGCAAGAAAAGAGAGUAUAGUAGAGUUUUUGCGUUCAGAUGCCAUAAAAGAUAAUGUACUUCUUGCGUAUUGUUUGAAGAGCCUAGAGAGUGAAUAUCAAAAUCCACAUUACCAACCGAUACCUGUGAGGGUUGAACCGCGUGAGCAUGUUAUAUUGGAACAAAUUGUGAUUCACCUUUGUCGACGUACAUCGACAAUUUCUUCUUGGCUAAUGCUUGCGGAUGCAGCAGUGAAUGCCAUUCAUAGUCUAUGCGAAUCACCUGCUUUAGUAUACACUUACGUCUUGGAUUACAUCGUUCGCCGAAUUGAAACAGAACCAAAUAGUUUGACGCAGCUAUUUUUCUUAUUGGGACGAACGGCAAUUAAACAACUUGUCGCCGUAGAUUCUGCGGAACGACAACAACUAAAGAGACUUGAUGCAGAAGUGAUGUCCCAGAAGCCACUAAAUGAUAUAAACAGUAAUAGCAACGCGGAUGUUAUGCACAAAGAACUUGGAAUAGGGUCUCAUGAAUACAAGAGACAUGCUAUUCAGGAGUUGGCUCAAAGACGGAAGAAUGCCAUUAUGUCAGAGGGAUCAGUAUGGUAUCGAUACUCCAAGUAUGUUGUUGCAGCUUGCCGGGAAAAAUCCGAACAUUUUGGGGAAAAAGCCUUGGAGAGAGUAUGUGCCGUUAUGGCUCUUUCUGAACUUAUGGUUAUAAGCGAAACUUUUUGUGAACAGAACCUGAAUCUACUUUUUGCUAUUGUCUCUGAAAAACGCGAGUCCUGGGUGGUCAAGACGAACGCGGUGAUCGCCUUGGGUGAUUUGGCUUGCGUGCAUCCAAACCUGCUUGCUCCGUACCUGAAGGUGCCAACGACUGGAUUUUUUAGACUUCUCAACGAUGAUGAUUUGAGAGUUCGUGCAGUGACGAUUCAGGUUUGCUCUCACCUCGUUCUUGGAGAGAUGCUUCGAAUCAGGGACCAUUUGUAUACCAUUGUGAAGCUUGUCGCAGAUCCCGAUGAAACGAUUGCGAACAAUGCUAUAGCAUUUGUUCAGAACUUGGCCAUGAAGGAAAAGGAAAAAACAGGUAAUUUGAUUCCUCCACUUGUUGCACAACUGAGCCAAUCUAUACCUCCUGAUCGAUUUCAAUUGGCUAUGCGAUCCCUGCUUGAACGCGUAGAAGGGGAUAAACCGACGGAGUCCCUCAUUGAGCGAUUGUGUCUGCGCUUUGAGCCUUACUCUGAGCGCAGUAAAAGAAAGCUUCAAAUGGCGCGUAAUUUAGCCUUUUGCCUUCAUGAACUUACCUAUUCUACAGAGCGAUCUAUUAAGAAAAUAACCUCCGAGGCAUGCUAUCAGCAGUACAAGCAGUGGCUACGUGAUGAAGUUGUUUUGGACUACUUCAAGAAUAUAGCAGGAAAGGCCAAACGAGUUGGGCAACGCGUUGGGAAUGAGCGUCGUGACAAGGCUGCAAUUGAAGAGUGGGAGUUACGAAUGCAAGCGGACUCUUGUUCUUUGGAGGCUGGCUACGAGGAAACGCGUUCUGUCGCUUCAGAUGGAGAGAGAGAAGAGACUGAAACAGUACCGUGA